GAGAGCGUUCCGCAGAGCUGAGCUUUCUUAACACACAAACUCGCUGUACCUAACACGCUACUGCAGCUAUGGCCACGGCGCUGAGGGUCUUUCUGCUCUGUCUGCAGGUAUGUCUGCUCACGCAUGCUCUGGACUGCGCAGGAAAAGGUGCAGACUGUGCAGACACACAGGUCACAGAGGUCAAGGUUCAAGAUAACCCCUUCUCAUUUUUGCUGAGGACUAGAAGACAAGCUCAAGCACAGCAGGGACCUCACCGAGCCGGAUCUUACUCAGUCAAAGGAUCUUCCAACAAACUCAUCCAAAUGGCACAACCUGACAGGUCGAGGCGACAUUUACAACACAACAAAAAGAAGCCCCACCGGUCUCGCAUUGGCUCUUUCUCACUGCUCGACCACAACCGUGAAACUCAUCCCUUACAGGUAGUAAGCGUCCAUAAACACUUCAACGGUGCUGCCUAUCCAAAAAUGUCUGCUUUAAAGUCCAUGAAGAAGAGGUCCAGGAGAAGUGCACCCAAGAGAAACAAGAACACCAGGAAUAUCACAUGUUCGUAAAAUGAAAUCAAGAAUACUUACUUCUUUUGUGACCUCUGAGAUGAUGAAGACAAAAUAAGAUGACAUACCAAAAGUGUUUUAUAUGGGAAAAUGUAAGCAUAUGUGUUACAUGCGCAGCAUAAAGCUUUGAAUAUUAUCGUCAUUCCUUCAUUACAUAUUUUUAAUCUAAUAGAGGAUUUGGAUCAAUAUUGUACUAAGUUAUAUAAGUCUAUAUACACUGCUUGAACAGAAUAUACUGUAUACUGUAUACUGUAAAAUACCUUUUCCAUUUAAGACGUUUUCUGAAAUUUAGAUGGUUUGAUAUUUAUCUAAAAACUAUUAUUCACACAAUAAAAAAUUUA